AUGGCAAGUGUUAAUAAAAAACUGAUUGAAGAAAUACAGGGUCUUAUAGAUGCACAUGAAAGGUUUGGAGAAGAAUUGAAGAGUGAAUUUGAUGAAUGUAAAGAAAUAACACGAUAUGGUUUUGUAGAGUUGAUAGAUCAGAAUGGAGGAAUCAAGGAUAAAGACAAGUGGCUCUUAGAAUGUCAUACCCUUCUCAAUUCUUCUCUUGACGUUUCUCAUUUUGAUGGCUUGGAAUUGACAAGGACUAUGGAACAGAUGGAAAAUUUCAUCACAUGGGAGAUUGUUGUUAGGGACCUAAUCCAUGAUGCAGACACCUAUAAAUCAGAAGAUUACUUGAAGCAUAUUCAGAAAUGUGAUACUCAAGAAGUAAAUGUUGUUGUUGACAGAGAGACCAGUGAGGAAAAAAAGAAAAAUGUGACUACUGAGUCACCGAUUGCAGAUGCUGAGGUUGAGAUCAAUGAUACUAUAAAUAUGAACAUAGAAAAACCUACUCAGGUCAGUUUAAUGCCAGGGAGAGUAAAGGCAAUUGCUGAUGAAACUGUUGAUAAUUGGGACUUAUUCUUUGUUGAAAAGGAAAAGAAGGAAGAAAAAGAGAGACAAAAAAUCGAUAAAUCUUUUACCAAGGCAGAGGAACAUGCAGAGAUACAAGUUGAGGAACAGGCUACAGAACAAGUUGAAACACAGGUCGAUCAUGAGGAAGAGAAAAUGGAGGAAGUGAAUACUGAGAACAUUGAUCCGAAGUCAAAUAUUAUGUUCACCAUGAAUGUGGACACUCAGGACAUCAAUGUAGUUAUAGACAAAUCUUCUAAGAAUAUUAAAAAGGAAACUGAGCAGAAAUUGGAGAAACCGGUAGAGAUGGAACUUGAACAGAUCACAUCCAAACCGGCAGUGGAUUCAAGUGAGGCGGGACAAGAGAAAGAGGAAAAUGUGAAGGCAAUGGAAGCUAAGAUAAAAAUCAUUACAGAGCCUGGUACAUCUUCUUUGGAUUUUAGACCUACUAAUGUGACCGAUGUCUUAUUGGAUUCUACCAGAAAGAUCACCGAAUGCAAUGCCUUACCAUUUAAGGCUAUUGAUGACACCUUACCUAUUUUGCGGCAGAUAGCACCGACAUGUAAGGUAGAUGAUAUUAUAGGUUAUGUUGGUAAGUUAGACACAUUGUCUAAGUUUAUUUCAUCCAAUAUUGAAUCAAUUGAUAAGAUUAAUGAGGACACAAUAAGAGAAAGGACACAUAAGGAAAUAGACGAUAUAACAGAUAACCUGAUUGGUUCAUCUAAGCUAACUUUAGUUUUGGAUAGAGAAAUGGUAGUGUAUGAGGAGAAAAUUGAAAAUAUUAAAAGGGAGAAAGCUAGAAUAAGGCCAGAAGCCUAG